CGCUGUCCCGCCGCCGCGAAGCCCCCCGACCUGAAGAAAAUCCAGCAGCUGUCCGAAGGGUCCAUGUUUGGCCAUGGCCUGAAGCACCUUUUCCACAGCCGCCGGCGGUCGCGGGAGCGGGAGCACCAGAACUCGCAGGACUCGCUGCCGCCGCACUACGGCAUGUCCGACCACGACUCCCCCGACGAGAAGGAGCGGUCCCCGGAGAUGCACCGCGUCUCCUACGCCAUGUCCCUGCACGACCUCCCGGCGCGUCCCACCGCCUUCAACCGGGUGCUGCAGCAGAUCCGCUCUCGCCCCUCCAUCAAGCGAGGCACCAGCCUGCACAGCGGCAGCCGGCGGGCCAAGAGCGGCUCACUGGAGCCCCAGAAAGGGAGCCCCCACCUCGUCCGCAAGACCCCCCAGGACAGCAGCCUCACCGCCAUCCUGCAUCAGCACCAGGGCCGCCCCAGGUCCUCCUCCACCACCGACACUGCCAUCCUCCUGGCCGAGAGCGGGGCCGUCUACCUGCUCACCGAGGACACCGAGUGCCUGGCCGAUAAGCUGGACAAGGGGGACGUGACCGCACUCAGCCUGCCCUCCACCACCGGGCACGGCGACGCUGACGGCACCGUCUGCCUGGACGUCCCUGAUGGCACCCCUGACCCUCACAGGACGAAAGCUGCCAUCGAGCACCUGCAGCAGAAGAUCCUCAAGAUCACCGAGCAGAUCAAGAUCGAGCAGGAGGCUCGGGAUGACAACGUGGCCGAGUACCUGAAGCUGGCCAACAACGCGGACAAGCAGCAAGCUUCCCGCAUCAAGCAGGUUUUUGAGAAGAAGAACCAGAAGUCGGCGCAGACCAUCGCGCAGCUGCACAAGAAGCUGGAGCACUACCACAAGAAGCUGAAGGAGAUCGAGCAGAACGGCCCUUCCCGGCAGCCCAAGGAUGUCUUCCGGGACAUGCACCAGGGUCUCAAGGACGUGGGUGCCAACGUUCGCUCCAGCAUCAGUGGCUUUGGCGGCGGCGUGGUGGAGGGCGUCAAGGGAGGGCUCUCGGGUCUGUCCCAGGCCACCCACACUGCCGUGGUCUCCAAGCCCCGGGAGUUCGCCAGCCUCAUCCGGAACAAGUUUGGCAGUGCAGACAACAUCGCCCACCUGAAGGACACGCUGGAUGAUGGGCACCCGGAGGAGGCUUCACGGGCUCUCAGCGGCAGUGCCACCCUGGUCUCCAGCCCCAAGUAUGGCAGCGAUGACGAGUGUUCCAGUGCCACCUCCGGUUCAGCUGGUGGCAGCAACUCAGGGGCAGGACCCGGCGGCUUGGGGAGCCCCAAGUCCAACACGCUGGACAGCCACCACAAUAACUUUGACACCAUCCUGGAGGAGCUCCGGGAGAUCAAGGACAGCCAGUCGCACCUGGAGGACUCCAUGGAGGACCUCAAGGCCCAGCUGCAGCGGGAUUACACCUACAUGACACAGUGCUUGCAAGAGGAGCGGUACAGGUACGAGCGCCUGGAGGAGCAGCUGAACGACCUCACCGAGCUGCACCAGAACGAAAUGACCAACCUGAAGCAGGAGCUGGCCAGCAUGGAGGAGAAGGUGGCCUACCAGUCCUACGAGAGGGCACGGGACAUCCAGGAGGCGGUGGAGUCGUGCCUGACACGGGUGACCAAGCUGGAGCUGCAGCAGCAGCAGCAGCAGGUGGUGCAGCUGGAAGGGGUGGAGAACGCCAACGCCCGGGCGCUGCUGGGCAAGUUCAUCAACGUCAUCCUGGCCCUGAUGGCCGUGCUGCUCGUCUUUGUCUCCACCAUUGCCAACUUCAUCACCCCGUUGAUGAAGACCCGCAUGCGCAUCCUCAGCACCGCCCUGGUCGUCCUCUUCCUCUUCUUCCUCUGGAAGCACUGGGACUCCAUCACCUACUUUCUGGAGCAUGUCCUGCUCCCCAGCUGAUCCGCAGCCCGGCUGCUGCGGCCCUGGGGGCUUUCCAUUUCCCGCAGAGGAGAGGGCCGGGGGGACGGUGAUCCAAAGCCUUCAGGUUGUUUCUUCACACGCUUGGUUCAGUUGCUUUCCCGGCCCUCCAUCCUCGCUGCAGCCGGCAGUGAUUGCUCGGAGC